AUGUUCAGAAUGUUUGCGAUUAUUUGUGCCAUGGUCCUGCUCAGCGUUGUUUCAAUGACAUCUGCUUGGAUGAUGCCAGUCCAUUAUAAUGCUCGAAUAGUACUGCCAAGUCGAAUAGUCACACGGCUGAAAGCUGGCCCUUUCUUCGAAGAGGAAUUUGAGAUGGAAUGCCCAGAUGAAGACGAAUGUGAAAUCGAUUGGGAUAAAAUGCCACAAGCAGCAGAGGAAGUCGAGAACAGCGCACCGCUCUUGGAUGAUUGCGACGACGAAGAGGGAUGUGAAAUUGAUUGGGAUGCAAUGCCAGAUGGCCAAGUUGAAGAAGCAGCUACCGAAGACUCAGAACAGACCUCACAAAUGUCAACAAUUGACGUUGAGAAAGAAGGAUCUUUGGACAAGGGAAGGAUGAAACUUGAGAUGAGCUGGCAAAUUGACGAAUGUGAAACCGACGAGGAUUCGUGUGAGGACUUUUGUCCAGAAUGCGUUGGCAGUGGAAAGAUGCCAUGCCGUAUUUGCGGUGGCACCGGAAUGGUAGUCUUCGGAAAUGACGUUCGAGCGUGCAAAAACUGUAAAGAUGGAUUUGAAGAAUGCUCGUCCUGCCGAGGAACUGGAAAGAUUGCCCCCUGGGUGACGACAUUUCUCGACCAGAACAAGCACCCAUAG